AUGAAAGGAGUUAUCAAUAAUGAAGAAUGUCCACGAUGUUCUAUUAAAAGGAAUUUAUUUAUUAAAAUCAAUAAAACAAAAUUAGAAAUUGGAGAAAAAGAAUGGAUUUGUUCAAUUCAAUUUAUAUCAUCAAUAUCAAAAUCUAAAAGUUCAUUUAUACCAUUAUUAAAAGGAGAAAAUAGAUAUGAUGAAGUUAUUAUAUUUCCAUAUAUACAUUAUUAUAAUUUGAAUGACUUUCUUUUAAUUAAAUUAUUCAAAAAAUCAAAGAAAGAAAAUAAACAAAUUGGUGGAUGUAAAUUUUCACUUCAAGAAACAUUUAUUUCAGAAUUUAAAGGAAAUCUUCAAAUUAUUGGAAUUGGGAAAUUUAAUGGAAAAGAAUUUGGAGAAUUAAAUAUUGAAGCAAGUUCUAUGCCAAGUGAAUGUUGUUCGAUAAAUGAAAUAAAUCAAUUUCAAAAAGAAUGUUUAACUGAAUAUGAACAACAAACAAAAAUAUUUAAUGGUACAGAAAAAAUACCAGAAAAGAGAUCAAGAGCAGCAACUUUGAGACGAGUUAUGCAUCUCCAAAAGAAAGAACAAACACAAAUUAUUGAAAAAAGAAUUUUAUCACCACGAGAAGAAGAACAAACAGAAGUAGAUGAUAUUCAUGAAGAUUUACCAUUAAAAGGGAUAAGUGAUGGAAUAAUAAUUAUAGUCCAAGCAAAGAAAAAAAGAAGUGAACAAAUAAGAAAAAUUAUUGAAUCAUCAAAUAAUUAUGAAAAAUAUCAUUUUGUUGAAGUAUUUAAUGGUGAUUUUAAUGAACAAGUUAUUCCAUUUUUAAUAGAAAAUGCAAGAAAUAAUAUUUCUCUUCCAAUUGUUUUAUGUGGUGGAGACUGGUUUAUUGGUUUAUUUGUUCGACAACUUUCAAGUAUUAAUCAAAGAAAAAAAAUAAUUAACGUUCUUCUAUUUUUUAUUCCAACAACAAAAAAUUGUUUAAUUGCAAAAGAAUUAGGAAAAAUAGACUUCAAAUAUAAAGCAAAUUUCUGUAUUAAUUGGUUAAAUAUUAUGGAAAAUGAUAAAGAAAAAGCGUUAAUUUCUAUUGAAGAAUAUUUAUGUUGUAAAUGUUUACAAAAAAUGAUAUUAAGUGAAGUAAAUUUUUUUGAAGGAGAAAAAAGCAAAAAUAUACCAAUGAUUAUUUCAGCAAAAGUUAUUUGUGGAAAUAAAACUGUCACUGUUGAUUAUUGGAAAUUAAAAGAUAAAAAAAUUCAAGUGAAUAAAAUGAAAAAAAGUUUUGAUUCUAUUGAAAUUUAUAAAGAAAAUAAAAAUGAUAAUUUUAUUAUGAUUCCUUUUAAAAUUGGUCAAAAAAAUAUUGAAAAAGAAGAAGAUCAUAUUAUUUGUAAUAAAAUUAUUAUUACUUCAGAUAAUUUUGAAUUAAAAAUUAUUGUUGAUAGAAUGGUUAUGAGUUCUAAUGCUAAUUAUAUUACUUUUAAAUUGGAUUUAAAUGGUAACUCUUUCUCUAUUCAAUCUUUCAAUUAA